GCGGGCGGUGCGCAUGUGCCGGGGGCCGCGCGGCCGCCGUGCGUCACUUACGCACAGUGCGUGCGCACGUCGGUGCGUCGCGUCUCCACCCCCCGCCCCGGUAACCGGGGAAGUGGCGGCGGCGGUCGCGGGGCUGAGGGUAUAUUGGGGGCAUCAUGAAUUGGAAUAAAGGUGGGCCUGGUACAAAGAGAGGCUUUGGGUUUGGUGGAUUUGCCAUAACGCCCGGCAAGAAGGAGGAGCCCAAGCUGUCCCAGCAGUCCCACAGUGCCUUCGGCACCGCGGGGUCCUCGGCAGCCUUUGCCAAGUCGGGGCCCCCUCAGCUGCCUUCCUUCUACAAAAUUGGGUCAAAGAGAGCCAAUUUUGAUGAGGAGAAUGCGUACUUUGAGGAUGAAGAGGAGGAUUCCAGCAAUGUGGAACUGCCCUACAUCCCCGCAGAGAACUCCCCCACGCGGCAGCAGUUCCAGUCCAAGUCUGCGGACUCUGACAGCGAUGAUGAUCCCCUGGAGGCGUUCAUGGCUGAAGUGGAGGAUCAAGCUGCUCGAGAUAUGAAGAGACUUGAAGAUAAAGACAAAGAAAAAAAGAACGUUAAGGGUAUUCGAGAUGACAUUGAAGAGGAAGAUGACCAAGAAGCGUAUUUUCGCUACAUGGCCGAGAACCCCACUGCUGGCGUGGUGCAGGAGGAGGAGGAGGAUAACCUGGAGUACGACAGUGAUGGGAAUCCGAUUGCACCUUCCAAAAAGAUCAUUGAUCCUCUUCCACCUAUUGACCAUUCAGAGAUUGAAUACCCACCAUUUGAGAAAAAUUUCUAUGAUGAGCAUGAGGAGAUCACCAGCCUGACCCCGCAGCAGGUGGUGGAGUUACGGCACAAGCUGAACCUGCGGGUCUCCGGGGCUGCUCCUCCAAGGCCUGGCAGUAGUUUUGCUCAUUUUGGGUUUGAUGAGCAGCUUAUGCAUCAGAUUAGGAAAUCUGAGUAUACCCAACCCACUCCAAUACAAUGUCAGGGUGUUCCAGUGGCACUAAGUGGCAGAGACAUGAUUGGGAUAGCCAAGACUGGAAGUGGGAAAACAGCUGCCUUCAUCUGGCCGAUGCUGAUCCACAUCAUGGAUCAGAAGGAGCUUGAGCCCGGGGAUGGUCCCAUUGCAGUGAUCGUGUGCCCCACCAGGGAGCUCUGCCAGCAGAUCCACUCGGAGUGCAAGCGCUUUGGCAAGGCCUACAACCUGCGCUCCGUGGCCGUGUACGGCGGGGGCAGCAUGUGGGAGCAAGCCAAGGCCCUGCAGGAGGGGGCAGAGAUCGUGGUCUGCACUCCUGGUCGUUUGAUUGAUCAUGUGAAAAAGAAAGCUACAAACCUGCAGAGAGUCACUUACCUUGUGUUUGAUGAAGCUGACAGAAUGUUUGACAUGGGGUUUGAAUAUCAGGUCAGAUCAAUCGCAAGCCACGUACGUCCUGACAGACAGACCCUCUUGUUCAGUGCCACGUUCCGUAAGAAGAUCGAGAAACUGGCCCGGGAUAUUCUGAUCGACCCAAUUCGGGUUGUGCAAGGAGACAUUGGAGAGGCAAAUGAAGAUGUCACUCAGAUUGUGGAGAUUUUCCCCUCGGGGCCCAGCAAGUGGAACUGGCUGACGCGGCGCCUCGUGGAGUUCACGUCCUCCGGGAGCGUCCUGCUCUUUGUCACCAAGAAAGCCAACGCAGAGGAACUGGCCAAUAACCUCAAGCAGGAGGAUCAUAACCUGGGGCUGCUUCACGGGGACAUGGACCAGAGCGAGAGGAAUAAAGUCAUUUCGGAAUUUAAGAAAAAGGGGAUCCCCAUCCUGGUCGCUACUGAUGUGGCAGCUCGAGGGUUGGAUAUCCCUUCCAUCAAGACUGUCAUCAACUACGACGUGGCUCGGGACAUAGACACGCACACGCACCGGAUCGGCCGCACCGGGCGCGCCGGGGAGAAGGGGGUGGCCUACACUCUGCUGACCCCCAAGGACAGCAACUUCGCUGGUGACCUCGUCAGAAACCUGGAGGGGGCCAACCAGCACGUGUCCAAAGAGCUGCUGGAUUUGGCAAUGCAGAAUCCGUGGUUCCGGAAAUCCCGUUUUAAAGGAGGGAAGGGCAAGAAGCUGAAUAUUGGUGGUGGUGGCUUGGGAUACCGAGAACGACCUGGGCUGGGCUCAGAAAAUACUGACCGUGGAAACAACAACAGUGUGAUGAGCAACUACGAGGCCUACAAGCCAUCCACAGGGGCCAUGGGGGACAGGCUGACAGCCAUGAAAGCAGCUUUCCAGUCCCAGUACAAGAGUCACUUUGUCGCUGCAAGUUUAAAUAACCAAAAGACUGGGAGCUCUGCUGCUGGUGCCAGCGGCUGGACCAGCGCCGGGAGCCUGAACUCCGUUCCGACGGGUUCGGCGCAGCAGAACAGCGCCGGUGCCGAGAGCCCCAUCGCAGCCACGGCCGCGGCAAAGGGCGUCCCGGGCUUCAGCAGCGCGGGCACCCUGAGCAGCGUCCCCCCCUUCCCGAGCGCGGCGCCGCAGGGCUUCAGCAGCCCCAGCGCCAACAGCCGCGAGGGCGCCGGUGGCAUUGCCAGGGAACGGUUCAACGACAGCCGGAACAGCCGGCACAGCGAGGCCCCGCGGCGCGGCGAGGGCGGCGGCCGCUACGGCGAUGGCCAACAGGGCCAACGAUACAACGAUGGCCAACAGGGCCAACGAUACAGCGAUGGCCAACAGGGCCAACGAUACAACGAUGGCCAACAGGGCCAACGAUACAGCGAGGGCCAACAGGGCCAACGAUACAGCGAUGGCCAACAGGGCCAACGAUACAGCGAUGGCCAACAGGGCCAACGAUACAACGAGGGCCAACAGGGCCAACGAUACAACGAUGGCCAACAGAGCCAGCGUUACAACGAGGGCCAACGUUACAACGAUGGCCAACAGGGUCAACGCUACAGUGAGGGCCAACAGAGCCAGCGUUACAACGAGGGCCAACGUUACAACGAUGGCCAACAGGGCCAGCGCUACAGCGAGGGCCAGCACCACAACGAGGGCCAACAGAGCCAGCGUUACAACGAUGGCCAACAGGGUCAACGUUACAAUGAGGGCCAACGCUACAGCGAUAGCCAACAGGGCCAGCGCUACAGCGAUGGCCAACAGGGCCAGCGUUACAACGAGGGCCAACGCUACAGUGAGGGCCAACGCUACAACGAUGGCCAACAGGGCCAGCGCUACAACGAUGGCCAACAGGGCCAGCGCUACAACGAUGGCCAACAGGGCCAGCGCUACAAUGAGGGCCAACAGGGCCAGCGUUACAAUGAGGGCCAACGCUACAACGAUGGCCAGCGUUUCAACGAUGGCCAGCGUUUCAAUGAUACCCAGCGUUACAGCGAUGCCCAACGUUUCAACAACGAUGCCCAGCGCUACAACAACGAUGCCCAGCGUUACGGCGAUGCCCAGCGCCACGGUGAAGGCGGCGGCCGGCGCAGUGACCCCUCCCGGCACGGUGACGGCCGCCACGGUGACGUCCAUCGCCACGGCGAGGGCCGGCACUUCAGCGACCUGCCGGGCGGCGGCAACCGCAACAACGGCGACAGGAACAGCAGCGAGAGCAGGAACGGAGAGAGCAGGAAGGAGGCCAACAGCCGAGACAACAAGACAGAUGGCUUUGCUGUCCCAGAGCCCCCCAAACGGAAGAAGAGUCGGUGGGACAGUUAAAAGCUGGGGGUUCACAGCCGGGAAUCUCUGCAGGUAGCGUUGUCUUUUCCCAGAGGAUUUCUUGGGGUUUUUGGGAACUGGUUGUUGAGCAGCUGGGGCAGGAGACGGAAACCACAAGAACCCCAUGCGAGUUCAUCUGCGGACAGAUUCACCUGAAUGAAAUGCACACAACACUUAGUGAAAGAAAUCAUUUUGAUAAAGCUCCCUGGGUUCUGCUUUGAAACAUUCAGUGCUCAAGUGACUCUGCUGGAUUUAAACAGAUCUUCUUGACAAAAAGAAACUGUUCCACAUCCUUGGAACAUUAAGAAACUGUUGUCCAUAGAAGUAUAAAUUAGUCUUUUCUUAACCAGCGUUCACAUUUACAAACCAGUCCAGUCCACCUAGAGAUGCUCAGGACCUGCCUGUUAGACAUUAAUCUUGCAGCAGUUUGGUCAGUAUGGUGAGUUCUUCCCCCAUCUCCUUUUCACAUAUUCUCCCCAAAUAAUUUGGCCUCCAGGUUACCCCUUACCUCUCUCCCCAUCAACUAAGAAUGUGUCAAUUUGCUUUGCUGAAGGUGGAGCAGAGCAAGUUGGGUUUUUGGGGUUCUUUUUUUGUUUGUUUUGUGUGUGCAUUUGUGGAGCUGUUCAAGGGAUCCUUCUCAAUCCCAGCAACCCACAAAUUCACUUGUAGUGUAGGUUGGACUCUCUGGCUUGUUUGUGGUCAGCAUUUAAAUUCCAAUCCCAUUGCCCAGAUUUUUUUUUACUUCUUUCAAAGAACCUUCUGUUUUCUAAUAUCCCUCAUUCUGGUGGAAGCCUGCAUAGCAAACCUGUGUCUCUGCUGUGCCUAUGCACCCUCUGUUCUGAGAGGGUUCAGUGCUUUCUUCAAAUUAAAAACCAAAAAGGGAAAAGGAUGUAGAUACACCACAACAAUCAGAAGCUGGGGCCCCCAGGAAGUGUGGCUAAAGGAAGAUUCAGAAAUUCAGGGAUCUGACUGCUUCUGAUCUGCUCAGAAGCCUUUAGGGAGAACCCAGAAAACAAUUAAUAAAAAGAAACAAAAUCUGGCCUUGUUUUGGACACAGGAAGUAAACCUGUAAAAUCUUGCUUGCCCAUUUUUAACUUGUGUGUAUUCCUGGUUUUUAAUUUUUAUUUUAUUUUAUUUUUUUGCCACAAGGUAGGGAAGAACUUUUCAGUUGGGGCAUGUCAGCACCCACCGCUGGCUGGCCUCCACUGGAAGAUGUACCAGAAGCUGUCAGGGUUUUGUGACAUUGUGAUGUUUUCUUUAUCAGCUGUGCAUUUACUUUCUGCUUGCUCUAGUAAAUGUUUCAUUACUGGUACAAAAA